AUGUCAUACACCGCAUCAAAUAGACCAGUGAGGUCACUCCCACUAGACAGCGACUACGAAUUAAUAGAUGGAGAUCCAUAUUUCGGUAGAGUUGUGCGUUACUUUCGUCCAUCAGACUAUCUCAAUUGGGGUAUUGCCACAGCAGCUUUUCCCUUGGCUAUUCAUUUCUGGGAAAAAGUUGAUCCAAUGAACGGUAGAGGUGCCAAGCCAGUGAAGUUACCACUUGGAACUUACAGAUAUGCGACUAUCAUGGGUUUCUUUGGUGGUUUUUACUUAUCCUACAUUAGAUCCAGUCAAAGAUUUCUUGGAUGGAGAGAAAAUGAGAGAGAAGUUAAAAAGGAUAGAUAUGAGAUAAAGUCAUUGUUGGCCCAAGGUAAGAUGCCAUACCAUGAAAAUGAAAGUGCAUUGGAUGACAGAUUGAAAGAUGUCGCCAAUAGAAACUCGCAGUAUAGUGCAUUGAUGCUUUGGAUUAUCCCAUGGUUCAACUUUGCUUACCACCCAUACCACCAAGUGAACUUGGAAAAGUACUAUGUCGACAGACCAGGUGAAGAAGCAUGGGGAUUCAAGUUGAAACCUUUGAGUGAAAUCUACGGUGACAAACAGGUCCCAAGCAUCAAUUAG